AUGGCCAGUCAAAAUACUACACCAAAGAAAAGAGUUUUUUUAGACGAAGAUCCCGCGGCGAAACCGCAAGAAAGCGUGCAAACUAGCAACGCAGCAGAUCACUCAAAUAAACGUGUAAAGACGGAAAUUAAUCCAUACUUAGCUCAUAGAUCACAAAGUCCGAGACCAUCGACGUCCGUAAAGAGUCCCCUUGAUGGGUUUAUUCCGGGUAAAACGACGGCCGAGCAAGCCAGACAGGCUGAAGAGGGUCUCUUUAAUCCUUUUACCAACAGACCAUUUUCUCAUAAAUACCGCGAAAUUCUAAAAAAUCGCCGAAACCUUCCCGUCCACGCUCAAAGAGAGGAAUUUCUCGAGUUGAUACAUAAUAACCAAUUCGUAGUAUUUGUUGGCGAGACGGGAUCUGGUAAAACAACACAAAUUCCACAAUUUUUGGUUUAUGACGAGUUACCCCAUCUCAAGAAAAAGCAAAUCGCAUGUACUCAACCACGUCGAGUUGCUGCAAUGUCAGUGGCACAGCGCGUUGCUGAUGAGAUGGAUGUAAAACUUGGCGAGGAAGUUGGUUAUAACAUUCGUUUUGAGGAUUGCUCGGGUCCGAAAACAAUUUUAAAAUAUCUUACGGACGGUAUGUUAUUGCGAGAGGCUAUGAAUGAUCCAAAGCUGGAGAGAUAUUCUGCGAUCAUUCUUGAUGAGGCUCACGAACGCACACUUGCCACUGACAUUCUUAUGGGCCUAAUCAAAGAAAUCGCCAGAGAACGUCCAGAUUUAAGAGUCAUCGUCAUGAGUGCUACGCUCGAUGCAGAAAAAUUUCAAAAAUAUUUUAACAACGCACCUGUUCUCACCGUUCCCGGGCGAGCAUUUUCGGUAGACAUUUUUUAUACCCCUGAACCGGAAAGGGAUUAUUUGGAGGCUGCUAUUCGAACAGUCAUACAAAUUCAUUUGUGUGAAGAUCCAGGGGAUAUAUUGAUUUUCCUUACCGGCGAAGAGGAAAUUGAAGAUGCUUGCCGUAGAAUUCGCCAAGAAGCUGAUGAAUUAGCAAAACAAAGCGAUGUGGGUCCUCUUAAAGUGCUUCCCCUUUAUUCAUCGCUUCCGCCUCAGCAGCAACAGCGCAUUUUUGAAGAUGCGCCUCCACCACGAGAUAAAGGAGGAAAGCCUGGGAGAAAAGUUAUUGUAUCUACUAACAUUGCGGAAACGUCUCUAACUAUCGAUGGCAUUGUUUAUGUGGUUGACCCCGGAUUCAGUAAGCAGAAAGUAUAUAAUCCUCGCAUUCGUGUGGAAUCUUUAUUGGUAAGCCCAAUUAGUAAAGCUUCGGCUCAACAACGUGCUGGAAGAGCUGGUAGAACACGACCAGGAAAGUGUUUCCGUUUGUAUACGGAAAAGGCAUUUGUCAAGGAAUUGCAGGAGCAGACGUAUCCUGAGAUUCUGCGAAGUAAUUUGGGCAGUGUUGUCCUUCAACUGAAGAAACUUGGAAUAGACGAUUUAGUACAUUUCGAUUUCAUGGAUCCACCAGCACCCGAAACAUUGAUGCGAGCUCUUGAACUUCUCAAUUACCUUGGAGCUUUGGAUGAUGACGGUAACCUUACUGCUGACGGUCACCUAAUGGCAGAGUUUCCCUUAGAUCCUCAACUGGCAAAGAUGCUCAUUGAGAGCCCAAAGUAUAAAUGCUCAAAUGAGAUAUUAUCAAUUACGGCUUUAUUGUCUGUUCCUAAUGUGUUUUUACGACCGAAUGAUAUGAAGAAGCAAGCGGAUGAAGCCAAAGCAAAAUUUGCACAUAAUGACGGGGAUCACCUGACGUUGUUAAACGUUUAUCAUGCUUAUAAAAAAGAGAACGGAGAUCCAGAUUGGUGCUAUGAGAGUUUCCUUAGUGCCAGAUCUCUCAAAUCAGCCGAUAACGUGCGUCAACAACUGAAGCGCAUAAUGGAAAGAUGUGAUCAAGAUCUGCUUAGUACUGCAUUCAACGACAAAAAUUAUUAUGUGAAUAUACGUAAGGCAUUGACUGCCGGAUUCUUCAUGCAAGUUGCACAUUUAGAAAAAUCUGGCCACUAUUUGACAUGUAAAGACAACCAGAUCGUACAGCUUCAUCCGUCAUCAUGUCUGGGCCAUCAACCAGAGUGGGUUUUAUACAACGAAUUUGUGUUGACUACGAAAAACUACAUCCGCACUGUUACAGAAGUCAAAGCUGACUGGUUGUUAGAAAUUGCUCCUGCAUACUAUGACCUUAGAAACUUUCCCAACUGUGAAGGCAAACGUGUACUUGAAAGUAUCUUGAAAAGACGACAAAGAAGUUCAGGCAAGAAAUCAUAG